AUGACUCUUACAACUGGUUUGUCUCCAAAAUGCACUUCAACAGAUCCUGUAGUAGCAACAACACCCUUAGUUACCUUUCUUGAACGUGUCCAAGAAACUGCAUUCGAGACUUUUGGAGAAAAAGACUUUGAUCCUAAAUUUUACGUUGAUUUGUCAUUAAAAUUCAAUCUUUCAAAGACACAGAAAGCUUUUGAUAGCCUACCAAGAAGUGGUGAAAACGGGACUGUUUCAAUCAAAGACUUGCAGGAGUUUAUAGCAACCUACUUUGAUUAUGCAGGGGAUGAUCUUCUGUACUAUGAUCCAGUGGAUUUUGUUCCUGAACCUGAAGGUUUCUUGCCUAGAGUAAAGAACCCAGAGGUGAGGGCAUGGGCUAUUGAGGUUCAUUCUUUAUGGAAGAAUUUGAGUAGAAAAGUCUCUGAUGGGGUCCAUGAACAGCCUGAAUUGCAUACUUUACUUCCCUUGCCUGAGGCAGGGAUUGUUCCCGGCUCGCGUUUUAGAGAGGUUUAUUAUUGGGAUUCUUAUUGGGUAAUUAGGGGCUUGCUGGCAAGUAAAAUGUAUGAGACUGCAAAAGCAAUUGUGACCAAUCUCAUUUUCCUUCUGGAUACGUAUGGCUAUGUUCUUAAUGGUGCAAGGGCCUAUUACACCAAUAGGAGCCAACCUCCCCUCCUGAGUGCAAUGGUUUAUGAGAUAUAUAAUAGGACUUGUGAUGUGGAAUUGGUUAGAAAAGCUCUUCCUGCGUUGCUCAAAGAACAUGCCUUUUGGAACUCUGAGAUACAUAAAGCCACCAUCCAGGAUGCUCAAGGUUGCAAUCACAACUUAAGUCGGUAUUAUGCAAUGUGGAACAAACCCAGGCCUGAAUCUUCUGCAAUAGAUAAGGAAUCUGCUUCCAAGUUAUUGGAUAAUUCUGUGAAACAACAAUUUUACCGUGAUCUAGCUUCAGCAGCUGAAUCUGGAUGGGAUUUCAGUACAAGAUGGAUGAGGAAUACUUCAGAAUUCACUACGUUGUCUACGACAUCAAUUUUACCUGUUGAUUUAAAUGUUUACAUACUCAAGAUGGAAUUAGAUAUUGCCUUUUUGGCCAAAGUACUGGGACACAAAAGCACAAUGGAGAGUUUCUUGGAAGCUGCUGAAGCAAGAAAAAAUGCAAUCAAUUCUGUUUUCUGGAAUGACGAGAUGGGACAGUGGCUGGAUUACAGACUCACUAAUGGCACUGUAUGCAAGGAAUCUGAAACAUGGCAAGCUUGUAACCAAAAUCAUAAUGCAUAUGCUUCAAACUUUAUUCCUUUGUGGAUAGAUUUGUUCCAUUCAGAUUCUGCUUUGGUGGAGAAAGUCAAGAGAAGUUUUCAAAGUUCAGGCCUGGUUCAUGCUUUUGGAAUUGCCACUUCUGUAAUAAAUUCAGGACAACAAUGGGACUUUCCAAACGGUUGGGCACCACUCCAACACAUGAUAGUUGAAGGUUUGCUGAGAUCUGGAUUAAAAGAAGCAAGUUCAUUGGCAGAAGACAUAGCUGUGAGGUGGAUCAAAACCAACUAUGCCACAUACAAGAAAACGGGCGCGAUGCAUGAAAAAUACGACGUACGAAAGUGUGGAGAAUUUGGAGGUGGUGGAGAAUACAUACCCCAGACUGGUUUUGGUUGGUCAAAUGGAGUUGUAUUGGCAUUCUUGGAGGAGUUUGGAUGGCCUGAAGACCGGAGCAUAGAAUGCUGA